AUGCCAGCGCUGGGCUUUCGUCAAAAGCUGAGGCCGAUGAUAGAUCGUUUGCGCUACCAGGUGAUGCACCCACUACCGCUAGCACCUUAUCGUGUGGUCGGCCUGCUUCUCUCUGAAUCUGUUGUAUUAUCCGUUCCAACAUUUAUUGAUUUUUUGCCACACCUGUAUACUGUCUCGGGUAGCGCUCUUCGACCAGCACUUACGUAUGGAAACGACUCGUUGAGGCUGUCAAAAACAGACUUCGUGAUUGGCAUACCUACUGUUGCGCGGCACAAUCAGUCAUAUUUGCUGCCGACGCUUCAGUCGCUAAUUGGUGGUUUAUCGAGCGAGGAAAUGAAGAUGGUAACAAUCGUGGUGCUUAUAGCUGAUGAUGCAGGCCCAUAUUCUCCAUUUGUUAAGGAGCAGUGCGACUCACUACAGUCGGAAUUUCCGUCUGAGUUGAACUCCGGGCUUCUGAGGAUUAUUGUUCCUCCACGCGAAUGGUACUCGCCAGAUUUGUACACUCUUCCAGCAACUUUCAAUGAUUCUCCGGAGCGAAUGCGCUGGCGAACGAAGCAAAAUCUGGACUACAUGUUUUUAAUGUUAUACUGUCAAAGACGAGGUGAAUACUACCUCCAACUGGAGGACGAUGUGAUAUCCAAAGCCGGAUUUAUUAAACGUGUCAAAGAGUUUAUCGCAGAGAAUGAGGCAGAAGACUGGUUGAUGCUCGAAUUCUCUUCUCUAGGUUUUAUUGGAAAGCUUUUUCGAUCCUCUGAUUUGACCUUGCUGACGCAGUUUAUAGCCUUGUUUUAUCAAGUGAAACCUGUUGACUGGCUGCUGGACCUGCUCUUCGUUACAAAACUGCACCGCAUCCGUUGUCGCCCUUCCAUUUUUCAACAUAUUGGUGUGCAUUCAUCGUUGGCUGGAAAGGUGCAGAAAUUACGAGAAAGAGAUUUUGGGAAAGCGCAGUUAUUCAUCCCGCACCGCGAUAAUCCUCCCGCAAAAAUCACCACGUCCUUGAAGACCUAUAUGCUUUAUGAUCUCGAAAGUGCCUAUGGCGGUGAGAAUUAUUACUGGGCUCUCUCUCCGGUCGCGAAUGACUACAUAUUGUUCGAAUUUUAUUCGAUUAUUAAUUUGAUCGGUUUCGUGGUUCGCACAGGUAAUCCGGAACAUCCCAGUGACAUACUGAAUGGAAGUGCAGAAGUGUUGCUGAAGAAGCAGUACGAGCCUAAGCCCGUUCCCGUUGCACAGUUCAGUGAACGCGGUACUGUACGGAUUAGCUUCAACCAGCCCGUCAAG